AUGUCGCUCGUGUCCGGUGAGAAGACGAACUUUCAGUUCAUCCUCCGUCUUCUCAACACCAACGUCGAUGGCAAGCAAAAGAUCAUGUAUGCCUUGACGAAGAUCAAGGGAGUUGGGCGCCGAUAUUCCAACUUGGUCUGCAAGAAGGCUGAUGUCGAUUUGAAUAAGCGCGCCGGAGAAAUCACCACCGAAGAACUCGAGCGCAUCGUCACCAUCAUCCAGAACCCCACCCAAUACAAGAUCCCCACCUGGUUCCUCAACAGACAGCGCGACAUCACCGACGGCAAGGACACACAGGUUCUUGCUAACCAGAUGGAGUCCAAGCUUCGCGAGGAUCUGGAGCGUUUGAAGAAAAUCCGCGCCCACCGCGGUCUGCGUCACUACUGGGGUCUCAGAGUCCGUGGUCAGCACACCAAGACUACUGGUCGGAGAGGGCGCACUGUCGGUGUCAGCAAGAAGAAGGGUUAA